AUGUCUCAUUACUGCGUUAACACAAUUUGCGGCGUCCUUCUGGCGUCCUGUAUGCUCGUUGUCUGCCACGCAAGGUGGAUGCAAUCAUGCAACUGGUUAAGUUCCGGCGAAAGAGCUAUCCGACGCCGCUUAGUCACAAUGCGACUCACUUCACCACCGCCACAACUGCAUCAUCUCAAACGCGACUGCAUGUAA